AUGACAGAUAAUGAUGACAUAAGAUUGCAAGAGCUUAGUUCUCUUGAAGCUAUUUAUGAGGAAUUAAUAAUCAACUAUGAUACCUUUGAAGGAUCUAUUGAUCUUGUAAUUCAUCCUGAGAUCCCGGUAACCAUCACUGACGAUGAAAAACUUCUGGACAUCAUUGAAUACCUACCCAGCUUGAAAUUUAAAUUCAAAUUAGUCGAAGGUUAUCCUUAUGAAAAAAGUCCCGAUAUCCAAAUUCUAGAUUCUGUCAGAUGGAUUCCUGAAAGUAAGAUCUGCAGAUUGAUCGAACAACUUGAACAAAUUUACUUGGAUACCCAAGAUAUGUGUAUUUUUUCAAUGAUUGACCAUAUUAAUGAGGAAAGUAAUUCGAUAUUUGGAUUAUCUAACCGCCUACACAUUAAAGAUCCGGUAAUAUAUCGAAAAAUGCUAUGUUGGAAUCGCAUUUCUUGUCAAAAGCAGCUCCAAGAAAAUACAUAUAUUUGCGAAAUUUGUCAAGAACUGAAAAAAGGAAUUGACUGCUCAUUCGUUCCAUCUUCCUGUGGUCACGUCUUUUGUCAGCGAUGUUUGCGGGAAUAUAUGAUCAAUGCCAUUGAAAACAAUGAUAGUCAUGGAAUACAGUGUCCACAUUACGAAUGUGUGAAGCGACUGCAACAGCACAACAUUCUAAAGAAAUACUCGCGGGGGAAUGUCUAUCAUAAAUAUAGAGAUGACAUAAAAAUCAAGGACAUUAAAUCAAUUUUACGAAAGAUUUUAAUUCCAGAAUUCACUAUAGAAUACAUCGCUGCGGUGGUUCAGGAUGAUCAAAUGAUUAAAAAGUAUAGAGAUUUAUCUUAUACCAAGAAAAUUGAUCAAAUGGAACACAGCUUUACUGGCAACACUAGUCAAUGUCCCCGAUUGUCUUGUCGAAGAUUCUUCGUUAUCAACGAAAGCCAACUAAUAAAUAAAAUUGACGAAGAUGAAGAAGAUGAUGACAUAAAGGCGUACUCCAUCAAUUACAGAAUUAUCGCUGGUUUAUUAAUUUGUCCAUUCUGCAAGUAUGCAUAUUGUUCCCAGUGUCUUCAUUCAUGGCAUGGGGAAAAUAAUGAAUGUCUAAGUGUCAUUGAUGAUGCUAUCCCAGAAUCUAUUCUUGAACAAAUUUGUGAUGCUGCAGAAAAUUCAGAAAUAUUCAGGAGAUUGGAGGAGUUCUGGUCGAUUGAUAGGCUAAAAAAGUCUGUCAGAGAAUAUAAGUAUGAAAAAGAAUUUAGAGCGUUUUUAAAAAGUGACGAAGGUAAAGAUUUCACGAGAUGUCGUGGAUGUAAAACCAUUAUUGAAAGAGAAGGUGGGUGCAACAAAAUGAAAUGCACCCAAUGUCAAACGCUGUUUUGUAAUCUAUGUGGGGUCCUUCUUGGUGAGAAGCCAUAUGAGCAUUUUAAUGACUUUUUAAGCACUUGCUAUGGUAAGCUAAUGGAUGGUAUUAUUGACGAUGAGUAG